AUGAAAAUUGAACCCCAGGCGAAACUGGAUCCGACGAUGCAUACAGUCACGAAAUACUCUGGAGUUGUCCCAGGCGUUAUGCGAGCGAAAUGUGGUAAAGUGAUGUACACAAUGAAAACAAAGGCAGAUUAUAAACAAAGAAAAAGUCGUUUCAGGGUUAGCCGCGCUUGUCUGCAAAUGCGCUUUGAGGAUGACGUUGGCCAUGAGCUCGACCGUAGAAUAGGAUUGGAUUUAUUCAAAAUCGCUGUUCGUCUUGAUGGGAAGGAUCGGAAAAAGGUACAGAAGGAGGCAUUGGAGGUUGUCGCAAGACAUCCCGAGGACCAAGGAUCGUUUACGGCCCCAACAAAGAAGGGGACUGUGGAGGGGAGAGCAGCAAACGGAAAGGGAACGGAAACAGACGGGAGGGGAGAGCGGCAAAGAGAAGGGGAUGGCAGCGGCGACCCGUUUUCUCUACUCGCUUAUAUGCGUGUUUAUGUAUAUCUUAAAACGCUCGCUUGGGUGUGCCCCAGGGCGCUCAACGAGAAGCUCGCUUUUUUGGGCGAGGACAUUGGGUUGUUUCCCUGCAGUUGCUCUUUAUGGUACGCAUUUGUUCUUGCAGAGCGGGGAUGA